AUGGGUGUUUCUACGGCUUUGCAUCCAGCAAGGGAGUACUCUAAUCAAAGGAGUUAUGGUCAAGAUCAAAAACCUCAACCCUCUCAAGAGCAAGGAAGUGGGAAGAAGAGCCUAGAAGAAAUUGUGGGAGAACUGGCCCAAGCUACUAGCAAGCUUCAGGUGUCCACAGAUAGCUUCAUAAAUGAGUCUAGAAAUAACUUCAAAAACCAGGAGGCUUCAAUCAAAAAUCUGGAGAAUCAGGUCGGUCAAAUUUGCAAACAAUUAUCUGAGAGACCUCCAGGUAUGUUUUCUAGUAACACUGUGCCUAGUCCUAGGGAGAAUAUUUCUGCUGUUACUCUAAGAAGUGGAAAAGUUAUGCAUGAAAUUGAAGCUGGAAAUAAAAGUGAAUUUGAAGUAAUAAACCUCCCAUUCUCUGAAGUUUUAGAAAAGAUGCCUCAAUAUGCCAAGUUCAUGAAGGAGAUACUAUCUAAGAAAAGGAGCUUGAGUGAAGAGAAUGAUAUCGUUGAGCUGACUGAGGAGUGUAGCGCUAUUUUGCAAAGGAAGCUUCCACCCAAACGAAAGGAUCCAGGUAGUUUCACUCUACCUGUUAACUUUGGGGCUUCAAAGGAAGUGAGAGCUUUAUGUGAUUUAGGGGCAAGCGUCAACUUAAUGCCCCUAUCAAUGUUCGAGCGACUUAAUGUUGGAGAGCUGAAGCCAACAAUGAUGAUGCUUCAACUAGCAGACCGCUCCAUGGUGACUCCUUGGGGAGUUUUUGAAGAUGUGCUAGUGAGAGUAGGAGAGUUUGAGUUUCUGGUGAAUUUUGUGAUAAUUGAUAUGGACGAGGACUCUAAAAUACCAUUGAUUCUGGGAAGACCGUUCCUAGCCACUUCACAAGCGAAAAUAAAUGUGGGAAAAGGAACAAUAUCUUUAAGGGUAGCUGAUGAGAAAAUUACUUUCACCAUAUUUGACCUGAAGCCAAAGAAAAUUGAGAAGAAUGAUGCAUUCUUGGUGGAGAUGAUGGACGAGUGGAGUGAUGAGAAGUUGAAGCAGUUCUUCCUUAAAGAAAAAGCUGGAGCAUCAAAUAAGAAGAAAAAGAAGAACACGCAGAGCGACCAAACUGAGAAAGUCUACUCAAUGAGCAUGAUUGUCAACUCAGAGCAGAAGGAGGAGAACCUGAGAAAUCAAGCUGAACCAGUUCAUCUUGAAAGCGUUGUGGCCAACAUGGAGCGGAAAGAGGAGAAAGCGAAAGGAGAAUCCUUCAUAUGGAAGCCAAAACAUAAGAAAGAUGAUAAACCUCCUAUCCCUUUUAACUCUAAAUUGAAUAACUGUGUUCAUGCUUUUGAGAUUGCUUGCAAGAACAUGGUGAAAAUGUGUGCUGAGUUUAAGGAACCCGGAAGUGCAACGCACUAUGGGGUAAACCCCGGAUAG